AGUAGAGAAGUCAGUUACAUUAGAUUGUGCUACAAUGUAUCAGUCUCUGUGUACAAUGUUCUCUUGCUUCUGCUCCUCUCACUCUGCAUCACUUCCUGGAGGUCCUUCCAGUUCACAUGGAAUUCCUCCAGUUCAUUAUUCCUUUAAGCACAAUAGAAUUCCAUCACCAACAUAUACCACAGUUUGUUUAGCCAUUCCCUAAUUGAGGCACAUCCCCCUCAUUUUCCAAUUUUUUGCCACCACAAAGAGCUAUGAAUAUUCUUAUACAUGUCUUUUUCCUUAUUAUCUCUUUGGGGUACAAACCCAGCAUUGCUAUGGGCUACACUUCUUAAGAAGAUGGUCUGUGCUUUCUGCCUUAAUUCCUCUGCAUUCUCCCCUUUGACCUCAUCAUUUCCCUGAUUCCAUUCAUUCUGAUGUUAAAAAAUGAUCCCCGAUUGCCAGAUGCACCAGCUUUCCCUCCAUCCUCAUAGCCUUUGACACUGGUGAUCAGGCUCUCCUCCCGGAUACUCUUCCAUCUCUUGGUUUGGUGAUAUGACUACCCUCUCCUGGUUCUCCUCCAUCCCAGGUGACCUCUUCUUUGCUAGGACUCCUUCCAGGCCAUGCCUACUAACCUGGGGUAUCCUGGGGCCUCUUCUCCUCUUCCUUAGUGCUGUUACACUUAGUUAACUCAUUAGCUCCUAUAGGUUCAACCAUCACUUCCAUGCAGAAAUUCCCAGUUCAUAUCCUAUUCUCACUCUGUCUCUGUCUGUCUGUCUGUCUGUCUCUCUGUUUCUUUCUCCUGUCACUUCACCAGUUAUCUUCUAUCUAUCACCAGAUAUCUAUCUAUCACGCACACCCACAUACCCAGUCUGUUGUCAAAUCUAGUUGUUUUGAUCUUCCUGUCAUCUCUGCACACCCCACCAUUUCUGCACUCACACAGCUAUUACUCUUGCUGGAUUGGAGGGAAUAAUCUUCUCAUUAUCUCUCGGCUCCAGGUCUCUGUCCCCCAAUCCAUCCUCCCUCUAGUUACCAUUCCCGAAUUGAUGGGCUCCCUCAGUUCCAUCCUUUUCCUCUGGGCCAUCCUGCUCGCCAGUGCUGGGGGAGAGCACGAAUGGUGCCGUACUAUCACAUUGACCUUGGAUUCCAUUAGUUUUCUAUCCGGAGGUGAAGAGUAUUUUAUGUUGUGUCAUUGUGGAUUGCAUCCCCAGCUCUGCUCAUUUCACUUAUCAGCACACAUAGGUCAUCCCAAGCUUUUCCGAGACCAUCCUAUUCAUCAUUUCUUAGAGCAUCAUACAGAUGACUUGUGCACCCCUUCCCUAGUUGAUAGGCAUCCCCUCAGUUUCCAAUAUAUGGCCACUAGAAAGAGAGCUUCUGGAGAUGCUUCGUACAUAUAGGCCCUUUCCCUUUCCUUUGAGCUCUUUGGGAUACAGACCUAGUAGAGGUAUUGCUGGGUUGUCAAAGGGGAUGGACACAUAGUAGUUGAGAGUCCUUUGGCUAUAUUUGGCAUAGUUCCAAAUUGCCCUCCAAAAUGGUUGGACCAGUUCACAGCUCCACCAACAAUGUAUCAGCGUCCCUGUUUUCCCAUAUCCUCUCAAGAUGCUCUACUUCCUGAACUAAUUUUUCGUUGUGCCACUUCCCUGCUCAGAAACUUUCAGUAGCUCCCCAGCAACAGCAGAGCUGAGUCAAACAUGACCAGCCUUUUCCAGUCAAGCCCUACUUACCUCCUUCAAACUUUGCCAGAUUAUUCUCAUCCCCUUGCUUCUGUUACUAUUGCUCUCCUCACCCAGAGUGCCUUUGCUUGAUACCUGCUACCUCACUGCACCCUUCCUAUUCUUCCAGCACAAAGACCUAGCUCAGCUUCUGUGAAGUCCUGGCCCGCUAUCAUCCUUCCCAUUUGCUCCCUCCUCUGGGCUAAACAAUACCGACUUUGUGCCACUCGUUUGGGUGCUUCAUCACUGCCUGCCUUGUGUUAUUGUUGAAAUGCCAAGGAGGGAUGAGGCCGAGAUCAUGGACAUUGGAGAGAAACUGCCACUGCUCAAUUUUUAUUUUGCUCAUUUUCUCUGCCAAGGAGUGGGAAGAGGCAGGAAGGGAGCCCCCUAGUUGCCUUGGAGGAAUUCAGGUCGCUUUGGGUACUGGAGAAGCUGCCAGGAGAUGGUUCUUGAGCCCCCAUCAGGGAUACUGGAAAGACCCUGGAACAGGGAGGGCAGACGGGAGCUGGGAGAAAGGCAGACGUCUUCCUGGCUUUCUGAAAGGGAAGAGGUCAGAGUCAGCCAACUGUCUGCCAGUCUGCUUGACGUCAGCUCCCGGAUAAGUUCUUGAAUUCAAGAGAUGAUCGACAGCUGUAGGGCUUCAAGAGCCAACACGGCUGCACGGCGCCUGAGCUGGUACCAGAAGGAAUGCCGUGUACGUCGCUUGCCUGGCAUCCUGGUGGAGAGAGGGAGAUGGGCUAAGAGCUAACACAAGCCACGGUGGCUUCAUGAGUGGCUGGCGGCAUGGCAGGAAGUCUCCAGCGGCCACGCUCGGGGCUUCUGUACUUGAUAAAGGGUCGAUCCGUUAGUGGUCAGCAGUUUUGGAUGGCAGGUGACACUCGCCUGGAGCAGCUGUGAGAUGAAAGUCCCCUGGGCGAGUCUUGUGCCAGCCUCCCUCCCGUUGGGGUCCACGCCAGGGUCAGGUGGGGUAGAGAGUCUCUGAGCCCCUGCGUGGGAGCAGUGGGUCGUGAGGAACCAGAAGAGUGCAUUCCCCACUGGGCUCGUGCAGGGCCCAGCCAGUGGGCAUCUCUGGCCUCUGGCCUCGUUGGAUCUCAUCCGGAGGAUUGGGUUUAGCUCCGAGCCCCAGACGGGCUUUGAUAAGCUGGAGUGAGUCCAGAAGAGGACAGCCUUAUGUAACGGGAAGGGCUUUGAGGUCAGCCUGGGAAGAUCAUUUGAAGGGCCCGGGGCUAUUUAUUUAGCCCAUGAGGACAGGAGAGCCAGCAGGGCUCGGGAGGGAUCAGAGCCGAGCCAGGAGCCAUGGAGGAAAGAUGCAGAGAGACCCAGGAGCUCCCGCUCAGGAAGGACUCGGCGACCCUGCAGCAUCCCUGGCAUGGAAUGGGCGGCCUGGGGAAGCGAAAAGCUCCGCUGGCCUGAGCAAGAGUUCACGAACAAAAGCCUCCUGAGCCCCGCAGACAAGCUGGUCUUCGACUACGACAACGUGUCGCAGCUGCCUUCGGGGGUCCUCAAGGACAUCUUCACCACCGGGACCAGCAGCUACAAUGUCCUGCUCCAGUCCAAGGAGGAGAAGAAGAACCAGCCCCAGAAGCCGACGUCCCCAGCCCACCACAAGCGACACCGCAAGAGCGCCCGGUCCCCCGGCUCCCCCCACGGGAAGGAGCGGCACAAGAUCCAGGUGCCGCGGCCCCUGACCAGCAACGGCUGGUGCUACCUCAACAAGCAGCCGUCCAUCUUCGUCAACAACCCGCUCUCCAGCGGCGUCAAGUUCCCCAGCAGCUUCACCGUGACGGGCUGCCGCCUGACCCCCAAGGCCAAGACCAAGGCCAAGAGGCACUGCUUCUCCACGCUGGCCAAGCCCAAGCAGCCGCCCGCCGUGCCCAAGAACUUCGAGAAGGGCGACGACCCCGCGCGGAGGCUGUGCAUCCUCACGGCCAUCAAGCCCACCAACCUGGACAAAGAGAAGGCCAAGUUCUUCAAGGCCGAGUUCGCCUACAACCCUCAGUUCGAAUACGCCAACCCCACUUUGCCGGCCAUGCUUGCCAAGCACGGCCAGGCGUCCGACCGCUUCCUUAAGCAGUCGGUCAAUAUUAUGGAAAGAACUUUACAGAGAUACGGAAGCUACGAAAACUUCGAGCAGGCCAACGGAGGUUCCUUGUUGUCCAAAACCCGCAUCUGGAGCCACGUCAGGAAGUACAUGACGAAGGAGGGCUGCCUCGGGGAGAUUGUGGUGCAUCUCACGGAAGACCUGCUUUCCCGAGCCUCGAUGACGGUGGUCAACGGGUGUCCAACCCUCACUAUCAACGUCUCCACGGCCCGGGAGCACUGGCUGGAGGGGAUGCUGAGGCACGAGAUAGGGACCCACUACUUCCGAGGGAUCAACAAUCUCCAGCAGCCUUGGUGCAACUGGACAGGCCGGAAGAAGUACGGUCUGCGGCCGAACAACCCCACGGAGGAGGGGCUGGCCAGCAUCCACAGCGUGUUGUUCCGCAAGGACCCCCUCCUGUGGAGGGCCGCCCUCCUCUACUACACGGUGUACCAGGCCAGCCAGAUGUCCUUCAGGGAGCUCUUCCAGGACGUGGGCAAGUUCGUCAAGGACCCCAACACUCGGUGGGACUACUGCGUGCGAGCCAAACGGGGAUGGACCGACACUUCCCAGCCAGGUUGUUUCAACAAAGACCAAGUCUACUUGGAUGGCAUUCUCCAGAUCCUGAGGUACCGGGAAUCCAUCGACUUCCACUUGCUGACCACCCUGGGCAAGGUCUCCUUCGAGGACGUGGAGCGCCUAAAGGCUCUGGCCGUCACCGAGAACCUGAGGGUCCCGCACUUCCUGGAAGACAACGAACGCUACAUGGAGCAGCUGCAGAAAAUCAUGGAGGUGAACGAGCUGACCGACAAGGAACUCCAAGACCUCAUCUAGCAGCUGGGCUGCCCCCACAGAGAGCUCCCCCCCCGGCCUGCGCUGGGCCGGCUCCAGCCGCCGUGCUCUCAGGGUCUUCCCUGAGCAAAAUCUGCCAUUUUCUUCAGCGAUGUUUUUUAAGUGCUUUGAAAUACAAACCUGAAACCA